AAAUAAACUUCAACUUUGUGCCUUUCUAUAGUGAGUAGUGACCUGAAAAAUAUCAAACACCUUUCCCUAUUAGCCAUCUUUACUAUUCUCCUCCAACUCUAUUCUCUUCUAGAAAAUGAAGAUUUUCUUUCCCAUGAUGAUGUUAAUCUCCAUGUUCACCAACAAAGAUAACACCACCCUUAUUCACAACACAUGUAAGAACACUCCAAAUUACCAACUCUGUAUCUCCACUCUCCAAUCCGAUCCACGAAGCUCCGGCGCCGAUAUCACUGUUCUUGGUCUUGUCAUGGUCGAUGCCGUGAAGAAAAAGACAGUCGAGAUUAUGGAAAGUAUAAAAGAACUGGAAAAAACUAACCCCAAAUGGAAAAUCCCUCUUAAUGAAUGUUCAAUGUUUUACUAUGCAGUUAUCAAAGCUGAUGUGCCUGCAGCUAUUGACGGCUUGAAGAAAGGGGUACCUAAGUUUGCUGAGAUGGGGAUGGAGGAUACUGCAGUAGAGGCUGAAAUUUGUGAGUAUAGUUUUAAGGAGAAUGGAUUGAAUUCGCCACUUUCGAAGAAGAAUAGAGAUUUAAUGGACCUCUCUAACGUGGCCAAAUCCAUCAUCAGAAUGCUUUUAUGAGAAAAACGAAUUUUAGAGAGAUGCAUGUAUAUGUAUAUGUUAGAUCAUGCACUUAAGUAGUCGUUUCACUAUUAUUGCAGAUAACCCUUAAACUUGGCAUGUUUUGUAAGAUAGGCAUAUAAACUUAUAAGGUAACCAGAUAGACACUUAAACUUACUCAAAGUGUAUUUUUCAAGUUUUUCAGUUGUUUUGAAAACAAAAACUAUAUUUUUCAAACACUCACAAUUUUCAUGGCCAAACAAGCCCUAAAUAUAUCACAAAAUAUUUUUUUUAAAAUGCAAAAAUAAGGCAAAUGCAUAUACAUGAGACUAUAAAUGUGCACUAAACCAAUAAAUACUCGCUAAUCGCAAUUUUGCAGGUUUCAAUUAACUCGGAUUUUUUUUUACACUUGAAUAAUUAAAAAACAAUAACUUUAACCAAUAAAAAUCCUUAAAAAAGAAAUUUCAAAUUAAGAAAUUUCUAAGUUCAGUAUUUCAAGUGUAAAAGAAAUUUCAAAUUAAGAAAACUGUAAAGCCGAGAAGAAAAUCCUUAAAAAAAAGAAAUUUCUUAAUUUCAAAUUUCUUUUUUUAAGGAUUUUUAUUGGUUAAAGUUAUUGUUUUUUAAUUAUUCAAGUGUAAAAAAAAAAUCCGAGUUAAUUGAAAGCUGCAAAAUUGCGAUUAGCGAGUAUUUAUUGGUUUAGUGCACAUUUAUAGUCUCAUGUAUAUGCGUUUGCCUUAUUUUUGCAUUUUAAAAAAAAUAUUUUGUGAUAUAUUUAGGGCUUGUUUGGCCAUGAAAAUUGUGAGUGUUUGAAAAAUAUAGUUUUUGUUUUCAAAACAACUGAAAAACUUGAAAAAUACACUUUGAGUAAGUUUAAGUGUCUAUCUGGUCACCUUAUAAGUUUAUAUGUCUAUCUUACAAAACAUGCCAAGUUUAAGGGUUCAUCUAGGUAUUAAGCCUUGCAGUAUUGUUGCUUUUCCAUUUCUCUGUUUCUUUGCUCGUGUUUACUCUAUACUGUAUAAAGAUAACAGGGGAUGAAUAAUUUACAGGGUUUUGUCUAUAAGCUAGUGGUACUUGACUUAAAAAAGAAAUGAAAUAAAUUUUAAGGUUGUAAAUCGAUGUAAUCCCUUAUUUUCAAUGUGUUUUUAUCCCUUAUUUUCAA